UUGUUAUCCAAAGCAUGAGAAAGAAGCAGCCCGACGACCUCCUGCGCCAGGCCCAGCGGCUCCACUGACCCAACUCCGGCCAUCUUCGCCGGGUGGGAUCACCGCGCGCCUCCGCCGUCUCCCCCAUCCCCGCCCCCGCGCUCCUUCUUCCGGCGGCCCGGACCCUAUCUUCCGCCACUCCUUAAGCGCGGCGGCCUCGCGGCGCCGCCUUCACCAGCACGCCCAACCUGGCCGUCGCCGCCGCGGCCCGUCUCCGGAGAAUACGGGGUGAGGAGGAAGGCGGCGCGCUAAUGGGUCCGCCCGCCAGCCUCGGCGGGUGAGCGAUGCGGCGGCCCCAACCGCGCGCGAGGUAUAGGGGGGAAUCACAUGUGGAGGGCGUGGCAGUUGCGCCGAGCAAUCCAUCUACGGCGUCGUCGACCAAGCUCGGAUCUAAGGAGAGAGCCCAAGAUUGGACACCGAGGUUAUGCCAAUAAUGCUCCGGAGUUGAGCUCCAACAAAGGGAGCUUGUUCGAUGGUGAACGCUGCUACACCCUGGGGAAGAGAGAAGGCACCUCUCUCUGCAAUUCAGCCGUCGCCGGAGCUUCAGAGGAAGCUGGAUUUAGUGUGGAGCACGAAAUUGGGGAUAAGUGCGAGGCUGAUGUCCAUUUGGCAGCAAAACUGGGCCCUGGUAUUGGGAAAUUGAUUGUGUCCAAAUGCUCUUUCAUUUUUGACACUGGAAGGGACACCUUUGAAGGGAAUUGCAGCUUGCGGGAUGUUCUUAAGCUUGGUCUCUGGCUCUCACCGGAGACCCUCCGCAGGUUCUGGCGUGCUUCGUGGCUGAGGCCUGAGGAUUUUCUUGACAUUUUGAUCGGCUUCGGACAAGGUGCAGCAGAAGUUAGGAACGCAAGAUUUCUGUGGAAUUUGUACAGGUGGGCUUCGUGGCAGAGCAAGGACUUCCGGCAUCUUCCAAGGUCGAAUGACAUCAUGGUGUCAAUACUUGCAGAUGCUCAUAUGCUCAGCCAAGCUGAAUCAUUGCUUCUCUUGCUGGAUGACAACAGGGCUCUGACCGAUGCUAGUAGACUGUUCAGUCAGAUUACCCAGAUGUAUUCAGAAGCUGGCCACCUCGACAAAUCAGUGGCGCUUUUUGAUCGUGCAAGGUCUAAGUGUUUGAUUCCUUCAGCCUCAUGCUAUCAAGUACUUCUAAAUCGUCUGGUCGGAAGGAGAAAAGAGGAGUUAGUAUUAAAAGUAUAUGUGGACAUGCUUGAAGUUGGAUUAGGCUCUUGCACAGAAGGAGAUGUUCUUGAUUUUGUCAUCAGUGCUUUAGUCAAGGGAGACAAAUUCUUACAGGCUAUUCGUAUAAUUCGGCAGCUAAAGAGCUUGAACAUUGAAAUAAGUAAGGGAUCCUUGUCAACUGUCGCAAAAGAAUUUUGCAAGAAGAAGGACAUUGGUGAUAUGAUGAAUUUCUUGGAAGAGUGGAGGUAUUUACCUGAGCUGCGUCUUUGCAAUCGAAUGCUUGCGUCUUUGUGCACAAACCUUGGUACUGACGAGGCAUGGUUUGUCUUGCAAAGAUUAGAGUCCUUAGGAUUUGCCCCAGAUGCUACAACCUUUGGCAUUUUCAUAUGCCAUAGCUGUAGAGAAAUGAAACUCAAAGCUGCAUUCCUCUAUUUAUCUGAGUGCUUUUCUAGACAUAUUGAACCUAAAGUUUGUGCUUAUAAUGCUAUUAUAGGUGGUGUUUUCACAGAGGGAUUGUACAGACAUGCGAAAUAUAUCCUUGAAGACAUGAUUGAAAGAAAAAUAAUGCCAGAACUUUUAACAUACAGGAUACUUCUGGCAGGAUAUUGCAAGUAUAGGCAGUUUGAUGAUAUAGAACAUAUCUUGAGAACUAUGGAGACUAAUGGUGUAAAUGAUCUUCCAUCUGGAAAUUGUGUGCUCUCUAAGGCCUUAUCCUUCCUGGGGCUAGACCACUUAGGAGUGAAGGUUAAGAGAGAUAACGCCGCUGGCUUUCCGAAAGCUGAGUUUUUCGAUUCAGUAGGCAAUGGCCUGUAUUUGGACACUGACACCAAAAAGUUUGAGAUUUCGUUGGUGCAGAUUCUUGAUAAUGCUCUGUACCUAGAUAUUAACUCGAAGAUAGUCAGUGCGUGUCAGCAAGGCAACGUUGCAAGUGCUCUUCUGCUGAAAGAUGAAGCUUUUCAAUGGGGACAUUACAUUUCACCAGCUAGCUGUUUGGAACUAAUCAAGUCCUUGUGCGCAAGUCCUGUGCAUGUUAUGGAUGUUAUUGACCUUAUGAAGGAAAUGCCAUAUACAUUUGAUAAAUUGGAUGCUCAAACUCUAAAUUUAGUCGUCCAAACACUGAGUAAGAAUGAGAUGUCAGCCCGUGCAAGAUUAGUUUUGGACAGGUUAUUCAGAAGAGGCUUGCCAGUCAAUCAAGAUACAUAUACUUAUUUGCUUAUAGGCUUCUGUACAGAAAGGAACAUCGCAGGGUUUUGGGAAUGUUGGAAUGUUGCAACAAAGUUUAGUUGGUCUCCUGACAAGAAGGAUUUGAUGCCCCUCAUCAGUCACUUGUGCAAAUGGGGAGUAGUGGAGGAAUCCUUGCAGCUUAUAAGCUCGCUGCUCGACUGCUAUCCAAAUUUGUUUUUUAGUGCAUAUUGUGCACUUCUCAAAGAGUUAUGCAGAACAGGUUACACUAAUGUUGGAUGUGCGAUGCUGGAGGCUCUCCUAGAAAAGGGUGUGGAUGUGGGCCGUUCACUGAUUCUUAAUGUGGCAGAGGGCUUCCUAACGGAACAGAAGACUGUCGAAUCGAUUGGACUGUAUGACAUCUGCCUUCACAAAAACAUUGUAUCAGCUGUGUUUACCCACCAAUUUGCAUUCUCUUCACUAUCAUGGUUUGAUGCAGAACGAUGCAAGGACUUGGUACAGUCUAUGCUGAAAACAGAAUGUUCUGAUGUCCCAGCUUUCAGCUGCAUUGUGAACGAAUUACUGCAUACAGGAAAAGUAAGCCAGGCAAUAUCAGUUGUUGAAGCAUCCACUUUAGGGAAGAAAUCAAGUGACAAAUUACUAAAUUCCAUCCUUCAGUCGUAUUGUUGUCUAAACAAUUGGAGAAAAGUAGAUGCAGUUCUUUGUAUCAUGCUAAAGAUACAUGCUAGCAUAUCUAUUUCUAGCUACCGCCUUCUUGUCCGCAGAAUGUGUGAGCAGAGUCAGUUUUCUAGUGCAUUAUACCUUAAGGAGCUGAUCCAAGACAGUGACAAGUCAAAAGACCUGAUUUUAUACAACAUUCUGUUAUUCUAUCUUUUCAAGAGAAGAAACAUUUUGCAGGUUCAGGAUUUGUUGAAGGAUAUGAAAGGUAACGGUAUUUCUCCAGACAAAACAACAUAUGAUUUCCUUGUUUAUGGGUUUCACAAGUCUGGAGAUACCGAUCGUUCAGUUACUAUGCUUGAUGCUUGCAUUACUCAGGGAUUAACACCAAGCAACCGCAGUCUCAGAAUAGUAUUGAGUCACCAUUGCAUGUCAGGGAACCUUGAGAAAGCACUGCAAUUAUUUCAUCUGAUUGAGGGCAGUGGAUGGAAGCAUGGUUUAGUCAUUGAGUUGACUAUCAUUUCAGCUCUCCUUUCAUUUGGAAGAUAUUCUGAAGCAAAAUCAUGUCUGAACAACCUGAGCAGAAGUGCACUAACUAUAUCUUACAUCAGUUUUGAUGUGCUAAUCAAGGAAUUCUGCAGACAGGGAGAUGUGGAUAUGUCUGUUAAUCUGAUAAAUACAAUGUUGAAGCAUGCUAGACUACCAAGUGAAGCUAGCUACAGCUCUGUCAUAUACAGGCUAUGUAUAUUAAAAGAAUUUGAUCGGGCGCUUGAUUUUCUUGCUGAGAUGCAGUUGGAGAACUUAAAACCAAGUGAAAUGUCCUGUGAUGCGCUCAUGCGUGGCCUUUGUGCCAUGGGAAGAACCAGUGACGCUAAGAAGAUUUUGGAAUUGCUAAAGACCUUUGGUUCUGCACCGUCGUUUGGCAUGUAUAGAACUGUUUUUGAUAACUACCGUAGGUGUAACAACACAUCGGAAGCCGCAGGACUUCUGCAUGACAUGCAGCAAGCAGGACACGUGCCCAACUUUGAGAUGCAGUGGUCUGUGAUAAGCAAUUUAAGCAGUACUGAUAGGAAGACUGAAGGAUAUGAACAACCUAUUUUGUCGAAAAUUAUUUCAUCCAGUCAAUUCCCCAUGAAGGAUAAUAGGAGGAAAUGAUCUUUUUUCCCAUGCAAAGAUAUAGCCAAUGCUGAUGGCAAGGGGAUUAUGGAUGGCUGCCCUCCUACGAAGAACCACCCGCAAGGCGGCUGCGUCACUGCUACUGUGGCCGCACAUCGGCUACUGGCUCGCACGCUAAAGCUAGAGAUACGGCCUUCUGCAACUCUGUAGAAGUGGAGCAGUGGCAAUAGAUGCACAUUGAGCCCAUGGCAGGUCUCUUUCUGUUCAUCAUUGCUGACCACAAAUUGCAGUCCUGGAUGCAUCCCGGCUAAUUGGCAUAUACCUUCGUGGACAUUACACAAAGUUAGGGUCUUGCGAGCUCCGCAGCUAGAGAAAAAAGAAGUGCAUCAAGAUGACCUUACUUCCGACCAUCCGAAGCUGCUCCUAAAAAAUAUUGUCGUGAUUUGAUAUCUCUCAUGUUCUUCUCACACGAAUUUUCCUUAUAUGAGGGUUCGGUGGAUAGCCCAACACCACAACAGGGCAUUGUUGUAAGCGCCGAGUCACGAUUGUGCCCCUACCCUGCCACACUAGGUCAUGUGCUGCCCGCUUGUUCGCACACCCUGCUCCCGGCGACCAAAACGGGCUUCAUACGCUGCAACGCUGGUGUCGUGUCGACGUUGUCUCCCGGCCGUCCACUGCCCGUUACCCCACAUGCCCUGUCCUGGUCCUUGGACCGAUGCUUGUCUUUGUUUCAUCUUUCUCUUCAUGUUAACAUGUGAUUUAAACACACGAUCAACCCAGCGUGUGUACCAUCCAAUGUGUUGUUGCUUUUUUCGCGAAAAAACAUGUGCUGUUGCUUGCUUAUAUAUUCGCCGGGUACCAGUUAUAAUGAACUGAUGGUGCACCAUGAUGCGAUGUAUUGUAUCAUAAUAUUCAUAUAGUCAUCUUAGCAAUUGAA